AUACGGUGUUGUGUGGAUUCGGUGUGGAUUGCCUCCCUCGAACUGUUGGUUAUUUGUUUCGCAUUCGGUUUGGGUUAUUCUGGGCGAAGCAUUCACGUUUUUGUUCACCCCCGAGAACGUCGCUCCUUUUCGUAACGAAGGAAGGUGCAUGUUAUAUGUAUAUAUAAUUGUAAAUUUCAUCGCCUUGAUCUAUUUUUUCUUUCGUGAAGAGAGGAUUGUGUGACGUAUGUAAACGUGUCUGGAAUUUUAUUUUUGAGGGAGUGAAGAGAGAGAAAACGUCUUUUCCAAGGAAGUUAGUGUUGUGUGGUUUGAUAUUGCAUAGAAGUUGUUGCCAAGGCGACGUCGAGUACAACAAAGUCCCUCGUCUUUUCUCUCAAUUCUCUCUUUUUCUCAAUUCUCUUUUCUCUCUCUGUCUCUCUGUUUCUUUCUGCCCAACCCGCAUUGCCCAAACGAAAUAAAUCCGGGUGGAAUAAAAAAAAGAAGAAAAAACACAAACACAAAACACGAAAAUCAGAGGGAAUUCGCGAGAGAGAAAAGAAAUUAGAAAGAGUUUGCAAGGCCGUGACAUCUCCUCUCUCACUCGACCUCCGGUGGACAAACCCUUUUCAAAACCCGCCGCACAGAUGAAUAAAUCCGGCAAGAAAGUCAAAAUGGCCUCAAUCCGCUCCUUUCGCGCCGGCCUCUCCAAGUCGUACCAGUCGCUCAACACCCUGGGCGCCCACGACAACGCUAAGGACGACUACGGUAACAUGUACGACCGCAGCUCCACCACGGACUGGAUCGGCGUCGACAACUUCAAGAGCGGCAAGAACGCCAAUUCGCCGUUCUCUGCCUUGAAGAACGCCAUGUCGAGGGUGUCCCGAGGCAAGCACAGCGCCUCCAGGAUCUCGGUUAUCCUGAAGGAGCUGGAUGAUGAGUGGCAGAUCCAGGAGGAACCGGCGGCGCAGGAUAAUUUCUUGGGAAAACUCCGUCGCACCUCCGCCAAGAUGCCGUCCUCCGUCGCUCUCUCUGCCGAACAGGCGUCUCUGCUGGGGACCAUGCCAAGCGAUGCCCUGGAUGACAUUGAGCUGCGCCACGUCCAGCUCUCCGUGGCCAACGCUCGCACUUUGAGCGAGGAUGGGUCGGCCGGCAACAAGGAGACAGUGGAAACGCGGCACGGCCCCAUCACGGUGGCUAUCACCGGCGACACUUCCAAGCCAGUUAUUCUGACCUACCAUGACCUCGGACUCAACCAUGUCACCAACUUCCAGGCAUUUUUCCUUUAUCCUGAGAUGAGGAACAUUGUCAACAACUUCUGCAUUGUACACGUGAAUGCCCCCGGACAGGAGGAAGGAGCACCCACUCUGCCAGAAGGCUACGUCUACCCAACGAUGGAGGAAUUGUCUGAGACAAUUACCUGUGUCAAGAGUCACUUCCACAUUCGAACUUUCAUUGGCUUUGGCGUGGGUCUUGGCGCCAAUGUCCUCGCUCGCUAUGCCACCAAGUAUCCUGCAGAUGUCGAUGCUUUGGUUCUCAUCAACUGCUCCUCAACCCAAGCUGGAUGGAUCGAAUGGGGUUACCAGAAGCUCAACAUCCGCCACCUCCGCUCGGGAACGAUGACGACAGGCACUGUUGACUACCUCCUCUGGCAUCAUUUUGGAAAAUUGGAGGAAUGCAACCAAGACCUGGUGACUGUGUACAGGCAACAUUUCGAGAAGGCCCUGAAUGCUACGAACCUUGGCCUGCUUGUUGACUCGUACAUUCGCCGAACUGACCUCAACAUUGUGCGAGAGCUGGACCCCAACAAGAAGAAGGAUGUGCGGAUGAUCAGGACCCAAGUGUUGAACAUCACUGCCAACCACUCUCCCCAUGUGGACGAUACAGUCACCUUCAAUGGAAGACUUGACCCCACUUUGUCUACAUGGAUGAAGAUUCAAGACUGUGGACUGGUUAUUGACGAGGCCCCAGGGAAAGUGGUGGAAGCUUUCCGACUCUUCCUUCAGGGUCAAGGCUAUGCGGUCCACAGUCGCGGCAUUGGCUCCAGACAGGCAUCCUUAAACUCAGUUAAUGGCUCCACAACCAGUGUCAAGGAUAUUCGCAUCACGGAAAACCCCCUACAAAAUCCUACAGUUUGAACGACGAUUCGGUGAUUGCGAGUCACGAUCCGGGAGAAAGAUGUGGAACAGUGUGUGAUAUGGACUAUGGUGAUAUGUAAUUUUUUUAUCAUGUCUCUGUAUUUUUUAUUUUAGCCACGACAAUUAUGGAAGGUUGGACGUCAUCUCGGUUGUUGUAGGAGGAGGCAGAGGGAAACGUAUUUUCUCUUGUCUUCCUUUUUGAGGUGAAAGAGAGACCAAAGAAUUUUUCGUAACAUGGAGAGAGUUUUAUUUUACGAUAAGUGACGUGACUUUUUAUUGUUAAAAUUUUGAAGAUUUUAGACAAAUGUCUUUGGUUUUCUUCUUUUUUUCUUCUUAUGGUUCAUGACAAGGAAGACAUUGUUUUCCCAUUUUAGCAAAUUUGUUUAAAUCUCAAAAGAAUUUAUAGGUAGGAAUGGAAUGAAAUAUUCAAUUGUUGGUAAUUAAUGUUCAUUUGUUAUGGGUUCUACAAUCAGACAAAGGAAACUGUAGCCUUUGUCACUGUCGGAGAGCACAGGAAGGUGCCACUAAUCUUUGGUCCUCUGAUUUCUGAAGGUUAUUUAGCUUUUUAUUGGCAUCCCGCAAGCUAAAUGAUGAAAUGGUAGAAGAGAAUUUUUUUCAUACAAUAGAAUAUGUAAAAAUGAAAGUAUGUAUGUGCAUGUGUGUGUGUAUCAUGUAUGUGUAUAUAUAAUAUAUUAUGUGGAAUGUGUGCUAUGUAUAUAUUAUAAUAUAUAUAUAUAUAUAUAUAUAUAUAUAUAUAUAUAUAUAUAUAUAUAUAUAUAUAUAUAUAUAUAUAUGCGCUUCAUGAAAUGCUCACACACACACACACAUACAGACACACAUAAGUAUAUGAAAUUAUCGGUAUUAUAUUUAUGCUGUUGGACUUUUUUUCUUUCUAUGCUGAUAGUGAGUACUAUUUCCUGAUUUCAACUAGCUGAGACUUUACUGCGAAAGCCAUCAGUAAAGCCGUAGGAAAGACAGAGACGUAAUUGCUGUAGUCAUUACAAGAGAAAGUAGUCCCACCAUUGUAUACAGUAGACCAGGUAGCACAAAUUUUAAUAAUGCUACAUGCUUAGUGAUGCCAUUUUCCUAUACUUUAAUCCUUCCUUUCUAUCUUUUCUAAGACCAACACACUUUCCAUAAUUUUAAAGACGAUGUUGCGUAGUUUUGUGAACUGUGUUUUACUGAUUUUAUUAUUUUUUAUACGUUUCUUUUAGAAGAAACUUGUUUCUUUUCCUUUUUAUUUCUUUUAAUAUUAGACUAAAAGUCAUGUGUUUAAGGUUGUUGCAAAGUGAGUUAAGCACAGAGGACUGCAUGUUCCAUCCAAUAAUGAAAGAUUUUGUGAAGUGGAGGCAAUCUAGUCAAGUUUGAUUGAAGGCACUGCAGCCAGAACUGCCUUGUAUAGGGGAAAGCUUUGAAACAGAAGACUUCAAUCUGAUUUUUUUCUCUCUCAAAAGGUUGACAAUAUGCUUGCUAUUAGGUAGACUUUGAGACAGGUGAUUAUAUACAUACAUAUAUAUAUAUUAUUUUUCUUAUUCACUUCGUGUGUUACAUCUGCGUGCCUCAUAAUAAGGGAAAAAGAAAAAGACCAGCAGAUACUUUGACUAGUAGGGGCUUUUAUGGAAAAGGGAAAAUCCUGACCAAACAGAUUCUCCCAAAGAUUUUGUUGCUAUUCACAUCCAUUUCAAUGCUUUUGUAGUGAGCCCUGUGUCUCACCUUGGCUGGUGAUGCCUAGAAGAGGGAGGAUAUGGUGGGGGGGAGUGAGUUGGAGGCAGGGGAGGAGGGAAGACUUAGUAGAAAGGGUGCAGAAAAGUAUGUUUCUUUUCUUCCUCUCUUUCUCUCACUCUAUCCCCUUCUUCCCUCUCUCUUGCUCUUUCCAUCUGUCAAAUCUUAAUCAUGAUAUGACAUGAAUUGAACUGCAUUGGUGUAUUACUGCGGCUUGUACAUAGUUGUUAUAAAAUAGUGUUGAAGCUUUCUUAUUAUCAUGAUGAUUAUCAUUUCUGUUAUGUCUCAGUCUUAUGAAAAAUGAUCAAGACAGUGGCAUGUGUCACUUAGUAAAAACUUGUUAAAUAUCUCUUUUUUAAGGAUACAUCAAAGAUUGGUACCAAAUUAAUCCAUUCCAUUCGAAGGGCAAUAUGAUAAAGAAAAAAAAUUCCCUCAAUAAAGAAAGAAAAAAGAAAAAAAUGAGACCAAAAUGCUGUAACCACCAUAACUCCCUUUA